CAACACAUCUGGCAAAAGGAAUAUCAAACUACCAUGGAAGAAUCCAACAAAAAGGCUCACCGUACAGAUAUGUACAACACGUCUGAUCUGGUGCUGAGAAGAGGACAAUCAUUCAUGCUAACACUGGAAUUUACCAUGCCUAUCAAAGAUUGGCAGAGUAUUGUGUUUAAUGUAGAGACAGGUCCACAAAAUGCCCAAGGUUCUACCAUCAGUGUGGAAUUUGCCCUGUCAAACUCGUGGACCAGUGGAAUGUGGUGUGCUGUGCUGGAGUCGAGACCUGGGAAUAAUCUGCAAAUCAUCAUGAGCAGUCCAGCAAAUGCAAUCAUAGGAAGAUACAACAUCUCUGUUAGUAUUUCUAUCAUGGGAGAGACAACCACCUACUCACUUGGAAAUUUCAUACUCCUCUUCAAUCCAUGGUGUCUAGAUGAUGAUGUAUACAUGGCCAAUGAAGAUGAGAGGAAAGAAUAUGUGCUAAAUGACCAUGGUAUCAUUUUCAUGGGGAAUGAGAAACAUGUAUCUUCAUUGGGAUGGAAUUAUGGACAGUUUGAAAACAAUAUUCUGAAUAUAUGUAUGGACAUAUUGGAUAGAAAUUUGAAUUACUACAAUGAUCCAGUUUCCGAUUGCUCCAGGAGAAACAGCCCGAUAUAUGUGGGGCGAGUUGUUAGUGCGAUGAUCAACAGCAAUGAAGACUUUGGAGUGUUGGAAGGAAAAUGGGAUAAAGAAUUUGCUGAUGGUGUUGACCCUAACAGUUGGAAUGGGAGUGUUGAAAUCCUCUGGAGCUGGCAAAAAGAUGAUUAUAAACCGGUGAAGUACGGCCAAUGCUGGGUUUUUGCUGCAGUCAUGUGCACAGUACUGAGAUGUCUGGGCAUUCCAACCCGGUUAAUCACAAAUUUCAACUCCGCCCACAACACAGACGGUAACAUGAAUGUGGAUAUGCACUAUGACACAGAAGGAAAGUUCCUGGAAAUUCAUGAUGACAGCAUAUGGAAUUUCCAUGUCUGGAAUGAGUGUUGGUUUUUGCGCAGGGAUAUAGGUUAUUUCUAUAGUGGAUGGCAGGUGCUAGAUUCUACUCCCCAGGAGGAAAGUCAAGGAGUGCAUCGUUGUGGACCCACCUCUGUGAUUGCUGUGAAAGAGGGCGAUGUGAAUCUGGGUUACGAUACUCCAUUUGUAUUUGCUGAGGUGAACGCAGAUCGUGUCACUUGGAUCGUUCACAAGGAUGGCUCCAAGGAAAAAGCCUUUUCUGACAGCAAAUAUGUUGGGCAAUCCAUUAGCACAAAAGCUAUUGGCAGUGACGCUCGUGUUGACGUCACACACAAUUACAAGUUUCCUGAAGGUUCACCACAGGAAAGAGAGGUGUUUGCGAAAGCCAGUCAAUACAUGUCGUUUUACAGACCGCCUCCUGAGAUCACAAAUUUCAGUCACAGUACCGUAGAAAACAGAACGAGGGAUGAGCAGCCAGCUCAGCCAACACCUGCAUUAACUGCAAGGUCAUUAUUAAAUCCACUGCUUACAUCGAAUACUGGGAAUACAUUACCUUCAAUACCUGAACGAAAUACGUUACCUCCAAUGGAUGAAAGAAAUACAAUGCCCCCGAUGUCUGCAAGAAAUGGAUUACCACCAAGGCCAGGAAGAAAUGGAUUACCACCAAGGUCCGAAAGAAAUGGAUUACCACCAAGGUCAGAAAGAAAUGGAUUACCAUCUACACCUGGAAGAAAUGCAUUUUCACCUGAAAGAAGGGCAUUUUCACCUGGAAGAAAUGCAUUUUCACCUGAAAGAAAUGCAUUUUCCCCUGAACGAAGGGCAUUUUCCCCUGAACGAAGGGCAUUUUCACCUGAACGAUCUGCAUUUUCACCUGAAAGAAGGGCAUUUUCACCUGGACGAUCUGCAUUUUCACCUGAAAGAAAUGCAUUCACACCUGAAAGGAAUGCGUUUUCACCUGCAAGAAGAGCAUUUUCACCCGAAAGAAAUGCGUUUUCACCUGAAAGCAGUGCUGGUCAUGCAGCACCUACUGUACCAGACCCUGAGAUUCCAGACAUUUCUGGAAAGUUUAAGAUUAUUGGCCCUCUAGUGGUCGGAGAUGAUAUUAAUCUGAUUUUAUUAUUAAAGAACCUUACUCCCUUCCACAAGCCGAUAAAAGUAAACCUAAGCGCUUCUUGCAUCCUAUACACAGGACGACGGGUGGCUGACAUAUUUACUGAUCAAAAGUCUUUGGUUAUAAGUCCAAGUCAAGAUGCACAUGUCUCAGUACAGAUUCCUUACUCCCAAUACCAGGAAUGUUUAAAUAAUGGCAAUAGGAUCCAGGUGGUGGCACUUUGUGAAUUACCCGUAGGUAAUAAAGUGCUCAUCACAAAAGAAAUUGUCUUGGAGAAUCCACCUAUUUAUAUCAAGGCUUACAGUAAUCCAAUGCUUCAUAAGCUUACAACGUUGGAGAUCCGAUUCAGAAAUCCUCUUUCUGUGCCAGUUAAAGACUGUUCUCUGUUGGUUGAAGGAAGUGGUCUGGUGGACAGACAGCUUACUGCAGUGGUUCCUUUCCUUAAACCAAAAGAGAAAAUAAGAUUCAAGGUGGAACUUACACCUUACAGGAGUGGCACCAAGCAACUUAUAGUGAAUUUCAGGUGUAAAUAUUUUUCAAUUAAAGGAUACAAGCAGCUGGAUGUGGCAUCCUCGUAACCAAACUAUAGGAAGGAACACUGGUUCUAUCAGACCAAUCUUGGUGUUUUAAAUAUUUAUUCAGCUUGUCAUGUUUUAGGGCUCUUUUAUUCUAAAAGUGUUGUCUUGCCUAAUCUAUUAACAGUAAUAUUUUGUUCGUUAAAAUACAAUUAAAAACAUAAUUCUUAGAACGUUAAAUAACCAAACUCUGUAAAGUAUUAAAAAAAAAUUUGUGAAAAUGUAAGGUUUUUAAAGGAACACUUCAAGCAGUAUUUACACAACAUGCUGAAGUGGUUAUGGUGCCAGGAGUGUCCUGAUGCCCCAAUGUUAGUAGCCCAAUCACUACUUCUAUCAAGAUCCAGAAGCUUCUGCUAGGGGCUUCCGUUAGCUUUCCUGAGCUAAGUUUGUUGUGCAUCAGCUGAUCACUGUAAGACAGUGAGCUAUGAAAUUCCAUUAAGGAGGUGAUUGGCGCCUAUUGGACCGCAGGUAAGUUGUCAAAAUAUUAGAAAAAAUUUUAACUACUUAAAUUGAGGGCAGGGCAAUCCUGGCACAAUAACCACUACAUCGUACUGUAUUAGUUGAUCCGUAAAGUGUUCCUUUAAUUUCUUUAGAUUUAGAUCUGUCUUAUGCCAGCCUACGUUCAUGUGACACAAUGUUAGUACGAUGUUGCCAGGAUAUACUAAGCCCUGUUGUUUUGAAAAGUUUUAUUGCCAUUGCAGAAAAAAAGACUUAUUUAAAACCCUUGACGCAAAGUUAGAAUUUGCUGAGCUGCUUGGUAUUUUUUUGCGUAUCAUUCUUAAUAAUUUAUCACUCAAUUAAUGUUUUCUUUAUGUGAAAUAGCACUCUUAAGGUGUGACACA